AUGUCGUCUCGCCAACCUCGUAUAUUGAUUUGUGGAUCGAUACUCGCAGGAAACCUUGUUUGGGCUCAUGAAGAGGCCCGACAGCUUUUUAACGGGCUCGCAGAUAUUGUCGUUAUGGAUUCUCCAAAUCGGGCUGAUUUCCUUGCCGGGCUGAAAACAGGAAAGAGGUACGAUGGAAUUGUGGGCAUCUACCGGCACAACACCUCCGCAGACCGCAUCGGCGUUUUUGACGAAGAGAUCAUUGAUGCUCUGGCUGAAACGGGCACUGUCAAGUGGAUCGCGCAUAACGGUGCAGGUUACGAUCAGAUUGAUGUCCUUCGAUGCGCGAAAAAAGGCAUAAGCGUGUCUAAUACUCCUGGCGCUGUCGAUGAUGCAACUGCCACUACGGCGUUGUACCUUAUCAUUUCUUGUCUCAGAAAUUACGCUUGGGCCGAACAAACCCUUCGGCAGGGGGUGUUCAAAAAGGGCCUCAAUCCUGGCGGGCUCAUGAUGCUUGCUCAUCUAGUACAUGCAUUCCCUAUGCGCGUUGUCUAUUACUCGAGGAACAAAUCUGCCAAUGCACCAGAGUGGUGCGAGUACGUUGACAGUAUGGAAAGGCUCUGUCGAGAGAGCGAUGUUUUGAGCUUGCAUGUUCCUUUACGCGAUGAGACAGUUCAUCUGGUGGGCGAGAAAGAGAUUCGGGCGAUGAAGAAGGGCAGUAUCAUCGUGAAUACCGCGCGUGGAAAGGUCGUUGACGAGGAAGCGAUGAUUCGUGCUCUCGCAGAUGGCCAUCUCUGGUCUGUUGGCCUAGACGUAUACCCUAACGAGCCUCUCGUGAAUCCGCGUUUACUCGAAUUCCCGCAAAACGUACUCCUACCCCACAUGGGGACAGAGAACCAGGAUUCCCAACGCUGCAUGGAGGUUCGUGCGCUAACUAACUUGAGAGACUUCCUUCGCGAUGGCCAAGGGAAAGAUUUGGUUCCCGAGUCGCGGAGUAAAUUGUGA